AUAAAUGUGAAUUACAAACUUAAAUUUCUUUGUAAACAAGGAUAGGUAUCCCUCAUGCCUCAAACAAACGAACUUUAGGCAUAGUACUAGAGCCGAUUUACGCAAUCGAAUACCGCCGGAAGUAGAACAUUUAUGUUAACACCGGUUUCGUAUUUUCACGUGAAAACGGCCGAAAACUGAGAGGUUAUCAACAAAUUAUAAGUUUACGGGUACCAUGAGGAUUUUUCAUGCAUUUAAACGAAAAGAAGUACAAGCGAACAGAUGACACAUUAAAGUGGCUGCAGAAGCUUGAAAAGUUAGAUAGAGCAGGGGCAGUCAAAACAGUGGGAUACUACUUCUAUGGUGUCCAACAUGUCUAGUCAGGUUGACAGAAGUGAAAGAUGGUCUGAUUGUACAAUGAUGUACAAAUGAUACUCUUUAACAAGUUUAACAUGUCAAGGAAGCCUAUAACAAUAUACUGGAAGGGUUGGAGAGAUGAUCAAUAUGGUUCUCAGUUGUGGAUGUAUUAUCUAGAACUUCACAAGCUGGUUGUAAAGGAUUUUACACUAGAGCUUACAGAACGAAAUCCAAUUGGACCUAUGGCUACAGCAGAGGUCAACCACAUGGGUGAUAUCGUACAUUCCCAUACAUUUAUACCUAAAGAACCAGGAAUGUACAGUUGUUUAAUGGAAGUACGGGACAUAUCAAACAAUUCAAGAAUAACCAGAAGAUUUGUACUUUAUGACAAUGUAUCGGACGUUGAACUGAAUAAAGACAGUCCAUAUGGACUGCACAUAUCGUCUGCACAAAACCAAACGGAGUUCAAGUGGCAGUCAACAGGAAAAGAAGGUGAAAAUACGUCAAUCAUUGUGGAUUGGACAGGUUACUUCAUGAAUAAAGCGCACGAGGACGGGUUUUACCACAAUGGGAUCCAGAGGUUCAAGCCUCAGUUUGAAAAUUUAGAAAAUGAUGGUAUCUUAUUCUCCCGAAAAUUUGUUGAUUCAAAGCUGGAUGACCAUGAAGGCGAAAGAACACGUGAUCCAUUACCAAACAUCCGUGGUAUUGUUCAGUUCGAGUACCAGUAUACCAGAGACGUUGUCUCCAAGCAGCCUGGAGAAAACUGGACGGUCGUCUUUCCUCUCAGCGAGUCCACUACAAUAAUAAAACAAAUGAGCAGCGGUGACCAGAUAAAGGUAUGGAUACGAGCGCGUGAUAUUCUUAACAACACAAAGAUCGAUUCUACUAUGGUUACCACCGACUUUUCCCCACCAUCAGUAUCCAGUAUAGAUGAUAACACGACAACAUACAUGGUACUCAAUACUAAAGACGGACCAUUUAACUACUCCAGCAGACUGCAUCUGACCGCUAGUGAUACAGAGAGUGGUCUUCGCGAAUUAGGUCUGGAUAUUUCAAUAAAGGUGCCUGGUCAACCCGACAUCAAUGUGAAGAAGACUGUUAAAGCAAACACAGACGAUACAAGACAUCCUGACAGGGACGUCAGCUGUAUAGAAUCAAAGGACAAGAGUACCUGCUUUCUGCAGGAUCAGACAGUAUAUCUAGACAAUUGCUGGUUGACUGUGCCCGAGCAAUCCCACCUAUCUUCAGCCAGUGCUACUGUGAACGUCCUUGCCUACAACCAGGCCAUGCUGACCAGCAGUGUCAGUUUUGAGAUUCCGUCUGUCAUCAAAUUAACAGGACUGGAAAGAUAUGAAGGGCCAGAGACGCUCAGAGUGGAAAAUGUGAUGACCGGAAGUUUCCGAAUCGUGUGGGACUUCCCGAAAAAGAUGUCUUGCUAUGCGAUACAGACAGAAAUCAUAAUAAUAUUUUAUAAACGGAAUGCUGAUGGCACCACAGAAGUGGUAACGCACACUGUACCAGGAUCCCGCACUUAUUUCGAAAUUGCAUGGCUGGACCCAGAUACGGAAUACGAGUUUAUAUUCACAUCUAAUAUAAAUGGAAGGAAAAGCCAACCAAUGUCGUUCAAAGCUAGAACAAAAGCCUUGCCAGAUCCAGUGAGUCAAGAUGGACUCAUUGUUUUGCGGCCGUAGGAGUCUUAGCCAUAGUUGCGAUUGUUAUUGUAUUGUUUGUGUUACUUGUCCGACGAGGCUACAUCCAUCCAUCAACAAGGAGUGCGACAUCCAAAGGAAAUAUAGAAUAGAACAGAACAGAACUUUAAUUUUGACAUGUAUAAAGUACAUAGUCAUAAUAUACAUAUAUACAAUAUAAUAACCAUGAUAACAGCCAUAGCGAGCAAAACAAGUAUAAAGAAAACAAAAUUCAAAUUUACAGAUUUGAAUCUAAAGUGUACAGAGGAUAAACAAUCACACAUUUAACAUAGCAUCUCUGAAACAUAAUGUUUCUUUUACAAAUUAAGAUACAUUUAUUAGAAUGUGUUUAUCUGAUGAAUUAAGUAUCUCAGUGAGUUUAAAUUUACAGUCUGUUGUUAAAAUGACGUAAAAUGUACUUUUUUCUAAGAUCAUUAAAACAUGAGCAUUUGAAUAGAACGUGAAAUUCAUUUUUUUUUCAGCAUUUGAAUUACAACACAAACAUUUUCGUUCAUUUUCCGGAAUAUAAUUUCUUGAGUAAACGAGCUGUUUGUACUCUUUUAAUAUAAUACAUAAACUCCCAAUAUACAAAAGUGAUUUUGAAAACAGAAUGAUAAAAUGUUCAAAUAGACUUCGUACUCAAGUGUAGUCUUAACUAAUUUAUAAUUUGAUAAAACUCCAAACACCCAUAUCAUUCUUUGAACAAAGCAAUCAACUACUCUUUGCUUAAACGUCAUACGAAUGGAUUUAAAAUCAGAUAAUUUAUCAUCAGAAACAUACAAAAAGCCAUACUGACUUAACAUUUUUUCACAGUAUAGAUUAAUCAAUAUUUUACAGUUUUUGCCAUAUUGCACAGCUUAUAAAAAAUAAAAUCUGUAAAAUGAUCCUUUACAAGAAUAGACAUAAAAUUUAAAAUACAACCAAGCUACAUAACAGACUCGGAUUGAUUGUAUCAGUUCAUGAAAGGUAAUGAAAUGUACAACACCUCUCACGCCCCCUAGCACCGGCUUAAGUGGACUUCUAUCAUGGUGAAAAUGAAUGUAUUAUAUGAUUCCAAGUAUCAGAACACUGAGCCCAAGUACGGGGAGACUUUUUACAGCCACCACACGGCACUUAAAGACCUCUGUUGUGAUAGUUAAUAAAAUAAAUAUGUGACAAGAUCCUUUGGAAGCAUUGAAUACAACCAAGCAACAUAACAACAGACUCGGUUUGAUUCAGUCAGUUCAUGCAAGGAUACAAUGCGAUGAAAUGCCCGAUGCGACGCAAGACAUGGCAAAGCAAAUCAAAGCAAACCAAACCAAACCAAUAAUUAGGGAUGCGCAUGUGUUAACAUGAUGGUUGUGAUUUUGUUUUUAAAAACAAAGAAAAUGUAAACGUUUUAUAACUUUACUGGUUCCUGAGGGGAUUGACAGCCAGAUUAUGUGCCGAUAGAGUCGUCAUAAAGUCACCUAUGUCUGUAUAAGUAUAACGAUUCCUCAAAACCUCAGCUGAAUCAUAAAACAGACUUUUACCUGAGCCAGGUGGAGGUUACAUACCGCUAUAUUGAUGGGAAGGCGUAAACGAGUAAAAUCUUCCCCGGGACUGAAACCAUCCAGUAAAAUGCACAAAAUAACUGACAAUUCUGCAACAGUUUAUAACUCCGUUUACAUAGCCGAUAGCGAAAGUGAGGCUCCUGACUAUUUUGAGCCAUUUGAAUCAGACAAAGACUACGCACCUGGUAAUACCCCACCCAAAAUUCCUAUAAACAUGUCAAAAUUCAGUGAAUCAGAAAUAACAGAAUUGAGUGCUAGACUUGCCCCUAUACUUGUUUGAGACCUCAAAGCAGCUCUCAAAGCUGAUGUAAUUUACGAAUGAUAUCCAAGAGCUGGUGAGGCAGGAAACUAAAAGCCUCAGAGAUGAAAUUAAAUCUUUGAAGUCUAGGGUAGCCGAACUUGAAACAGAACUCAAAUCUGAAAGGCAAAACGCGAAGAGCUUGAACAAUACGGUAGAAGAAUGUACUUGGAUAUUUCAGGCAUACCGGGAGACACUGGCUCGCCUGACAAAAAUGUGGAACAUAAUAUUCUGGACCAUGCCAAGCUACAUAACCUGGACCUGAAAAGUUCAGAUAUUGAUAAAUGCCAUAGAAACUUCAAUCCCGAUUUAUUGGUGAACCGUAAAGUCAUCGUUAUGUUCACCAAUUCCAAGGCCAUGCAAAGGGUUUAUGCGACCAGGAAAGACCUUGUUGUCGGUAUUUUCAUGCAUGAUAACUUGACACCUUUUCGUGGGCAAAUAGGGUACGAGGCUUGACAGCUGAAAAGAACGGAAUUAGUGACAACAACUUGGGUCGCUGGUUGUACUAUGUCCUAUUGCCUGGUGAAGUCAGAGGUCGCGUAAUAACGAACAUGGACCAGUUCAGGGCGAUUCUUGAAGAAAGACCAUCCCCUCCGAGUAGCUUCUAAUACUGACAGACCAAACGUCUGUUUACAAACAGUGCAUUGUGCUACUUAAUGACCUUCGGCUUCAAUAAUAUUGAUCAAUUUAUAUAAAAGGCAUACAAUAUAAUAUAAGCGUAUAUAAUUUGUAAUCUUACCUGUCGAUAACAAUCUGUAGCAGACGGUUAUUCUAGUUUAUUCUAUAUCUUUUUUAUUUAUCAAAUCGUGAACGUUUAUUUGCAACACGUGACCUUACAAUAUAUUAUUGUAUUGGACGCAGUGCGUACAAAAAAACUGUAUUUUUUCCGUAUUUUGACGGUUCAGCAGUCCCAUGUCAAACAUACGAUAAAGCCUGAAACGCGUGAAAAUGUUUCGAAUAUAAAUCGGGUGAAGUAGGCGCUCUAUGUACAGAGUUUGAUUAUGUGUCUUGAAAUAAGAAAAGGCAGAAAAACAAUAUUCAGUGAAUCAUUUUUUAUUUAAACUAGAUCUAAAAAAAAUAGAUAUAGAAUAAAAAGGUUAUUUUACGUUGUACCCAGCGGUACAAUAAAAGGUUAUUUAAUGUUGUACCCUGCUGGGAAAACCAUAUUGGACUCGCCUAGCGGCUCGUCCAAUAUGGUUUUCUCAGCUGUGCAUUCGUCCAAAUAUAUCUCCGUAUUUUACAGAAUAAUGUUAAAUAACCUAAUAGUAUUAUUAUUACAAAACCAGUUUAAAUGUUCAAGAUAUAAAUGCGCACUAAAGUUUUAUUUCUGAUUGAAUCAUACUUCUUGGUCGAAUUAUUCCUUACAUAACUUGUUUUUCACAGUUAAGGGAACGCAUAUUGCUACAUUCACAGUUCAUACGGAAAUGAGGAAGGGGUGCAUAUUCAAGAAAUCGAUGGUGGGAAGAUAAAAAACAUAUUCCUAAACUGAUAUAAUACUGAUGGACACCUGUAAUAUUCAGUACUUUGUGGAUAAGGAUGUGGUACUGUGAAUGUAAUAGGAAAACAGAGGUCUUUGUGAAAGUACAUUCAACACAAAAUUUUAUGCUUUUGUAUAAGGAAAAAACAGGUUUUUUACAAUAACAGUGUUACAAAUAAUGUUGAAGGGAUGAAAUUUUCUUUCUAACACACCAGGUUUGCUUAAACAUGUAAAAAUUUAACGCCACGUCAUUUCAGCUCGGGAUGAACGCCAUAUUUCUCAUUGAUAAAAAAUGUAAACAAAAAAGUCAGAGUGUGAUAAGCAUUGCAAGGGCAUAACAUGACAUUCUACACAAUGAAUACCUUAGAACAGAUAUCUAAGAUGCUACACAGGUCAGGCGGGUUAAAUGCAUAAUGUCGAUCACUUGAAAUUCAUCUUGAAAAUGUGGUUAAUUCUAGUUUAUUUACAUGGUUUUUAAUUUUCCCACGACUUCUCGGCGAUUCACUACAAAAUGUGUUACUGCGCCGGACGAAAGGUAACUCUAAUAAACAACGGGAGACAACUUAGGUGUCAGCACGUGUAUGAUUUUUUAAAAAAAACAUGUCGAUGAUUACAAUUUCUUAUCAAGUAACGAAUCCUAUUCAGAUAUUCGUCAUUAAUAUUAGAAAAUUAUUAAUUUCUGUGGACUUUUAUAAAUAUUACUUACAGUGGACUACUUUGCGCAUCAAACUAGUUUCCGCUUCAGUUGUGAGGCAUUUCCGUUAUACUUUUUGACAACAAUAACAAAACACAAAAUGAAUCAAUAAAGUCACUUAUAAAUCGACUGCUACUUACAUCAGUGUAAGUAUAGUUGUUGUUGCAACAUUAUACUUGUUCAUUACGUUAUGAGAUAAAAUUUAUCUUGAACUGCAUAAUCGUUUAGGUGAUAUUGCAUUUACAACUUAUCUGACCCCGUUUUUUACGUGAAUGACAGCAUUCUCGUGCAACUUGUGCAAACAGAGUUAUGAAAAGUAUGGUGGAGAAUUCAAGGACAAAUUAUAAAUGACAUUAAAGUGAGGAUAACUGUAUAUUCCUCCAUUUUUGAUCAUUGACAUUCCUGCUGUGUAUUAGUAAGCUUUAUGAACAAGAUUAGAAUGUUACUUUUGCACAUAUACACAUUGACUGGACCUCUCAACCAAAUUUCAUAACAUAAUUUAGGGACUUUUAAGACAAUACAUUUUCAAAAGUUUGUUGAAUGUGUUUUGAUAUUUAAGUGCAUUGUAGUUCAUGAAUACCAAGUUAAAAAUUAAUAAUGGCAACAUUUCUAGGCCCUUAUUGUAAGCCACUAGACUUCUGUAACGAUAAAUGUUUAAUGUAUUAAGGGGAGUAUACUCUUUUAGUUUUGGAAUGUGGCAUUCCUUGACCACCGUAUCUUUUCUUGUGCACUACUUUGUAAACAAACUAAAUAAAGUGUUUUAGUUUACAUAUGCAAAAUGAAAAGCAAGACAGUGAACUUAUUUCACUUUUUUUCUUUAAAUUAGAAUCUGUAGGAGAUUGAUAAAUGUUUGGACAAGGUGAAGCACUGUUAUAUUCGCACAAAAUAGUAUUAAUUGUUGACUUUGAAUGUACACAAGAAGUCUUAUGUAAUGCAACAAUAACUUUCUUGUUUCAGUUUUUCUCAUUUUUAUUUUAGUGAGCAAUCCUUUGUGUACUUAUAACAGUUGAAACAGUAUCCAUUUCAUGUACCAAAACCUUGUACUUUUUUGCAGGUAAAUUUUAUCAUACCCCACCCACUUUUUUUCUAAUUUCAAAGUAUGUGUCCCCUUAAAAGCAAAUUAUUCAAUACUGUUACAUGGGUUUACAUAUCUGACCAUUGUCCGUACACAAUUCAUGGGAAGUAAUUCUUAUAAUAUGCAUCGUUGAUUCAACUUAUUAUUGUUUAGGUAGUUCUAUUACUGACCAUUUUCAGUUUUUUAUCGG